AUGCCUAGUACGAACGAUUACCAUGUCAAUACGCAGUUCAAAAUGGGCGGUGGUAACUCCCUGGCGCCUAGCACGGUGGCGCCUGCGACAGCAAGGAUGAUGGGUACUAAAGGACAGUCCCAGCAGAACUCACUCAAUCCUCCAUUGGAAGCCACAGAGGCGGGCGGUGAGUCGAAGUCACAUCAGUCGCAUAAAAAUGGUCGAUCGCACGCUAUGGAGCCAAAACAGUUUCACCGAAAAUCGUUAGGGGAAUGGGAUUUCUUGGAGACCGUUGGCGCUGGAUCUAUGGGGAAAGUGAAGCUUGCCAAACAUCGUUACACUGGGGAAGUAUGUGCAAUUAAAAUUGUGAAUAGGGCUACCAACGCCUUCCUGCACAAGGAGCAGUCAUUACCGCCUCCUAAGAGGGAAGAAGAGAUAUUGGAGAGACAGAAAAAAUUGGAAAAGGAAAUAUCCAGGGAUAAGAGGACGAUUAGAGAAGCUUCCCUCGGACAGAUAUUGUAUCAUCCGCAUAUAUGUCGUCUUUUUGAGAUGUGCACAAUGUCAAACCAUUUUUACAUGUUGUUUGAGUAUGUUUCGGGAGGACAAUUACUCGAUUACAUCAUUCAGCAUGGAUCACUGAAAGAGCACCACGCCAGGAAGUUUACAAGGGGUAUCGCUAGUGCAUUGCAGUAUUUGCAUGCGAACAACAUUGUUCAUAGAGACCUAAAGAUCGAGAACAUUAUGAUUUCCACUUCAGGUGAGAUAAAAAUCAUCGAUUUCGGCUUAUCGAACCUUUUUGAUAGAAGGAAACAGUUGCAUACGUUUUGUGGCUCUUUAUAUUUUGCGGCACCUGAGCUUCUCAAAGCAUGUCCAUAUACCGGGCCAGAAGUUGACGUUUGGUCCUUUGGUGUUGUUCUUUACGUGCUGGUUUGCGGCAAAGUACCUUUUGAUGAUGAGAAUUCAAGCGUUUUACAUGAGAAAAUCAAGCAAGGCAAAGUGGAAUAUCCGCAGCAUUUAUCAAUUGAAGUUAUAUCCUUAUUAUCAAAAAUGUUGGUGGUGGAUCCCAAAAGGAGAGCGACGCUGAAACAAGUCGUCGAACACCAUUGGAUGAUAAGAGGAUAUGAUUGUCCUCCACCUUCAUAUGUCCCUAAUAGAAUUCCUUUGACUCCAGAAAUGCUAGAUAUAAACGUUGUGAAGGAAAUGUUUCGCCUAGAGUUUAUCGAUAGCAUCGAUGAAACGAUGAAGUUCCUAAACCUCAUUGUCACAGAGGAUUCAUACAUCCAGCUCUCGAAGCAGUACUGGAGUUCGCUAACAAACUUGAAUGUGCGCAGCAUUAGUAGUGAUCUGAAUGGCUCAGGAAGCAAUAUUGUGGAGUCUAAUAUCCCAAGCGCAAGUGGACAGCAUGAACGUCUCACUAAAGGAGAAACUUUCGAAGAUCCUACUAGGGCAUACCAUCCGUUGUUAUCAAUAUAUUAUUUGGUGGAUGAGAUGCUGAGACGGAAGUUAGCAAAAUUACAAAGGAAGCAACAAGCUGCUGUGUUACAGCAACAGCGACAACAGGAGCUACAACAACAAUCAGAGAAACAAGAAGUAUCAAGAUUAAGUAAUCCUGUGUCGGUUGAGCAUUCCCAUGGCUCUGCGAUGAUCUCCGGAGCCGCCAUGGAGAAAUCUGCUCCAGCGUUACCGGAGAGUGGUACUUCUAUUCCAGCUCCCUUGGCACCUCCUGUAGUGACAGCUAAGAGCGGAAAGCAAAGGCCCCUUCAGGUUUUGGUACCGCCCAAGCUGGCAAUUCCUGAACAAGCACACACUUCGCCUACAACGAAGAAAGGCCUCGAAGGAAGUAAGGAACCAGAGCUUGUUCUCUCUCCUAUCCCACAGGUUAAUGAUUAUCAGCAACGAAGCGCCUCCCCGACCUCUAUAGACACGGGAGAAAAACCUAGGUUUGGCAAUAUUUUCAGGAGACUCUCUCAACGUCGGGCUCAGCAUCAAGGUGAGCAACAGGCCAAUGCAGUAAAUCAGUCACCCAGGAUACAAAAUCAAACUCCCCCGCAGAUACAAAUAUCUGGAACUGGUGGAAAGCGCAUACCGAAGACGCACUCACGUGCUAUUUCCGAAUGCACUCCUGCUUCUCUCAAAUCCGUUACUGUGUCAGGAGGGCCUACACCGGCGGCUGUUGCCAGCUCACGCAACGGUGGUACUACGAUUUUGAGGUCAUCUUCGCAGAAGCAGAAUGCCGAUCUACCCGCUUUGCCAGUAAAUGCUGAAAGCAUGGUCCAGCAACAGCUGCAAAAACUUGUGGAGAAGGAUUUGGGCAAAUUAAAUGUCGCUGAGGUAUCAGAAUCUGGUAACAACAAAAUGGAUGAUAUGCUUUCACAGGACGAAAGUAAGCCACUUCCACCAUUGAACGUUACAAAAGGCCGGAAACUCCAUCCAAGCGCUAGAGCUAAAUCUGUGGGUCACGCCCGGCGUGAAUCCUUGAAGUUCAUGCGUCCCCCGGUGCCGGCUGCCGUUUCGCCGAAAGACUACGAAGAUAGUGGUUUCUUGGAUCAUAAUGACAGUACGAAGAACUACAAUGAGAGAGACGAUACUAUCAGCAAUGGAGACUCAACAGCUGGGCGUUCAACAGGAACAAAUGCCGGCUAUGGAAAUGCGGAUGGUAAAACAGGUAUUAACACAGGAGACGAAGAGCUUACUGAUGAGCAGGUCUUGGAAGAGGCUUCAAAGGCUCCCCCAGGAUCUAUGCCAUCGAUUGAUUACCCGCGUUCGUUGUUUCUUAAAGGAUUUUUUUCUGUUCAAACAACUUCUUCUAAACCACUUCCGAUCGUCAGAUACAAGAUUGUUCAGGUUUUGAAGAAAAUGCAUAUCGAUUUUAACGAAGUGAAAGGUGGAUUUGUUUGUGUCCUAAAGUUCUCUAAUCCUGUUACACAAAGCAUGGUUGAAAGUGCACCUCCUGCACAACAGCAGUUUCUUCAACCAACGGCCCCAGCCGAAUCCGUUCAAAGAAGAUCCAGUUCUCGUCAUGGAUCCAUGAGGCGCCAAGGUUCUGUGAAGUAUACACAAGCUGGUGCACCCUCGACCCCCGGCUCAGGAACGACGGCUGCGACUCAUGAGAGAAACCUAUCGCUCACACUAUCACCACCUCCCAAUAGCCUCUCUGGAGAUCUGUCGUCGCCAUCUUUUGAAUCUAUGCAUCAGGAUGAUAUUUUGACCACUUCUAGAGCUCAGGAGAUGAAUAAUGUGGAAAAUGGUCACGAAGAAGGCGUCCAUAAUAAAGAGAAGCCUCCCAUCAAAUUUGAAAUUCAUAUUGUCAAAGUUCGCAUUGUUGGAUUAGCUGGUGUACAUUUCAAGAAAGUCUCUGGUAACACCUGGAUAUACAAGGAGAUAGCCUCUGACAUUUUGAAACAGUUGAAUUUAUGA